GCACAUGAGCUGCCUAUCAAGCAAAUAAAUAUGAAGGGUCCUUUCUUGACGGGCCAAUUGUUGCUCCAUGUGCUCCUGACACCUCUCGCAGCCGCUUAUGGAGAGCUCUCGGACAACAGUCUCAAGGACAUACCGGGCGCAGACGGCGACUUUGAUAUCAACACGGGCCAGCUCUUAGCCCCGAUCUUGAUCCCCCGUGUCCCCGGUACCCCGGGCUCGCAAAAGGCCCAGGAUCAUUUCGUGGACUUCUUUGCACGGCAGCUUCCGGACUGGUCCAUCAUCUGGCACAAUACCACCGCCAAGACCCCGGCGACGGGUGACGAGGAGGUGCCAUUCCGUAACCUCAUCUUCAGGAGGGACCCGCCAUGGGCUGCCGAAGGCGACGUUUCAAGGCUGACGCUGGUCGCCCAUUACGAUAGCCUGUUUCGGCCAGAGGGGUUCAUCGGGGCCUCGGACAGCGCGGCAUCCUGUGCCUUGCUGAUGCAUGUCGCCAGGAGCAUUGACGGGGCGCUGACCAAGAAAUGGUCAGAAAUGAUGGCUCAUGGCGAGACUGGGGGUGGGCUGGAGGAGGAGAAGGGAGUGCAAAUCAUGCUGCUGGAUGGCGAGGAGGCGUGGGUCUCGUGGACAGACACGGACUCACUCUACGGUGCUAGAGCACUUGCUGCUCACUGGGAAGCAGAGGCGCACCCGCAGUCGUCUAUUCACUCAAACCCCCUCAAGUCUAUAUCUCUUUUCUUACUGCUUGACCUUCUGGGUGCACCCACUCCGCGCAUACCAUCGUACUUCGAAAAAACCCACUGGGCUUAUCAAAACAUGGCCAAGGCUGAGCAACGCUUGCGGAAGCUGGACCUCCUUCAGACAAAACAGAGCAGUCCAUUUCUGGUCGAUGCUGGCAAGGCGUCGGGUGCCUUCACGCAGGGAUACAUACAAGACGACCAUGUCCCCUUCAUGAAUCGUGGUGUUGACAUACUGCACUUGAUACCGACACCAUUCCCGGGUGUCUGGCACACUAUGCAGGAUGACGGAGAGCACCUGGACGGAGAGGUGCUGCUGGACUGGGCCAAGAUAAUCACGGCGUUUACGGCUGAGUGGAUGGAACUGGAAGGGUUUCUCCCGAGCGCCUUGGAAAACAAGCCCAAUGUCAAGAACGUGGUGAAGGACGAGCUUUAG